UGUGAGCAGGCUACUAUCGACUAAUGCUUCUCCAUAGCAGGAAAACAGUUACAUGUUUGAAGAAAAAAUUUCGUAAUGAAAUUGAAGCUAAAAUUUGACAAUAUUUUAACUUAACUUUUAAUUUUGUAUGCAUAUGGCUCAGCUGUUCAAUUAUGCAGAUCUUAAUAAUAUUUUUUACAUAACCUUCGCAGUAGUCCUAGUCUAUAUAAUAUUCACAUAAUUCAUCUGAACUAUAUUUAAUUCAUAAUUGUAUUAUAGAUUGAAUAUUUCUGGGAGCUGUAGGUGAAUCAUCCUGUGAAGCCACUUGACCAUGGAUUCCCCAAUGUUCCUGGUCGAAAACGCCGACGGCGAGCUUCAUGUAGUUCCUGGUGCCAUCAAGUACCUGAUGGGACUGAACCAGCAAGUCGUAGUGGUGGCGGUGGUCGGGCUGUACCGCACCGGCAAGUCCUACCUCAUGAACAAGCUGGCUGGAAAGAGAAAAGAUAUUGAUUUAGGUUUUGCCCUGGGAGCCACCAUCCAGUCCAAAACUAAGGGAAUCUGGAUGUGGUGUGUGCCUCACCCUGAAAAAAGACACCACACCCUGGUGCUGCUGGAUACUGAGGGGCUGGGGGACGUGGAGAAGGGAGAUUCUAAGAAUGAUGCCUGGAUCUUCUCCUUGGCCAUUCUGUUAAGCAGUACUCUGGUCUACAAUAGUCGAGGGACCAUUGACAAUCAAGCCGUGGAGAACCUCCAAUAUGUGAGUGAGCUGACAGAGCGGAUCAAGGUGAAUUCUUCCAGUGCAGCUUCAUCCUCUAACGAUGACGAGGAAGGAGGGGACACCCAGUUUGUGCAGUUCUUUCCGAAUUUUGUGUGGGCCGUCAGAGAUUUCACUCUACUACUCGAGAUCGACGGCAGAAACGUCACUGAAGAUGAGUAUCUGGAGCAUUCCCUGGAACUCAGAAAAGGUGGGGGUAAAAAGAACCUGAUGUACAACCUCCCACGAGAGUGCAUCCGGAACUACUUCCCCUCGCGCAAGUGCUUUGCAUUCCCCACUCCUACAACUCCUGCCAACAUGCCCCAUCUGGAUUCCAUGGACGAGGCUGACCUCUGUGAAAGCUUCCGAAAGGUUGCAGAUACUUUCUGCCGCUUCAUUUUCCAGGAGAGCCGUACAAAAACUGUGAAAGGGGGACACAAAGUAACCGGGAGAAUGCUCGGCCACUUGGUUAAAACCUAUGUGGAGACCAUAGCCAAAGGCUCUGUGCCCUGUCUGGAGAAUGCGGUGCUGGCCAUGGCUCAAAUUGAGAACCAGGCUGCUGUGGACGAGGGCCAGGUAGUAUACCAGAGGGGUAUGGAGGAGGUGAAGGCCUUAUUCCCUGUGGACAUGGGUCAGAUUUCAGAUCAUCACCUCCGCUCAGACCACCAGGCCACGCAGGCUUUCAUGAAACGAUCCUUCAAAGACGAAAAUGGGGAUUUCUUGAAAGCGUUGGCGGUGGCCAUUGCAAAGCACUACGCUGACCUUCUCAUCCAGAACGAGGAUGCCUCCGAGAAGAAGUGUGUGGCUCUUCAGGAGAAGCUGUCUGCUCCGAUGGCCCAGAAGAUUAAGGAGGGGAUCUAUGCCACACCUGGAGGAUAUGAGCUUUACUGCAGUCACCAUGACAACAUGGUGGCACAGUACCGGGCCGAGCCUGAUAAAGGAGUUAGGGCUGAGGAGAUUCUUGAGCAGUUCCUGAGGGAGAAGACUCUAGAGAAGAAUUCCAUCCUGCAAGCUGACAAAAAAUUGACAGAAAAUGAGAAAAAGAUCCACGAGGAGCAAGAGAAGAGAGCCCUGGCUGAACAGGCAGUGAAGAUGGAGGCAGAGAAACAGCACCAGUUAGAGAAACUGAUCCAGGAGAGGGAGAGGAGUCAUCAGGAGGGAAUCUGUCAGCUAGAGACUAAGAUGGUCCAGGAGGCGAAGGAGAAGCAACAUGAGUUGGAGAGAGCGCUAGAUAGCAAGCUCCGUGAGCAGGAAAAUCUGAUGGCUAAGGGCUUCACAGAGAAAGAGGCAGCCAUGAAGGAGGAGAUACAGAGCCUGAGAGAGAAGGAGGAGGCCAAGCGCGAGGAGAAGGAAGAGCAGUCUCGUAACUUCAGAGCCAUAGCACAGGGUGUCAUGGAGAGUGUCAGCAAUGGCUUAGGUCACUACUUUAACUAUAAGAAAGCCCGUGAGCAACGCAAGGCGCUUGUGUUCAAGGAGCAGGUCAGAUUCAAUCUCAAAUCAGGUGCGGUUGGCAAUAUCCCUGAUAAGGAGGGCAUGACACUCAAGCAAGACAAGACGGCCACGCCCAAACUCGAAACAGGAGCAGUUGGCAACUCUAAAGACACAACUCUGCCCAAAGUCAACACAGGUACAACUAGCAAAAGCCCUGGCUCAGAGGUGUAAAGGAUUCACCAGAGAUUGGUCAAUGGUCCAGAUCAGCAGCCACACCUUUCUCCAGUCUCAACAUUAACCAGAAGAGCUACUAGGAAAUAGUGCAACAGAAAGACUGCUGUGCAACAACAGCACAAUGGGGCCAAACCAGCUGUGACUUCACAGACGUCAGUUCCUCAGUUUAUAACCAUUGAUUUCUCAUUCUGAUAAUAUUACAUCAUAUUUAAAAGUUAUUAUAGAACAAUCUUUAAAUUGGAGAGUUAAUUUGUGUUUUGUUCUUUGAUGUAGUGUAAAAUAAAUGAGCUUGCUGAACGAGG